AAGCAGAAAUCAUUGCGGACACAGUUAUAAUCACGAGCAACAACAAGAUAUAGAAACUCCGCGUUAAAUCUUGCAAUUGCGUAUUUAUGAAUUCUUUCACAUCGUACACCAAGCAAGAAUGUAACAUAUUACAGAAAGAAACAGCCCCACGCUACCAACCAUUGGCAACACUUCACAGAAUGAAAUUAGAAACAAUGACCUACCCGAAAUUCGAAGCGGAUGCGUGCAGAGAUAGGAGUGAAGAAAAACAGUUAGAGGAUCUAAAAGAAGACAAAGAAGACAAUGAUAGAAUUAAAAAGCAUAGUAGAUCGAAGUUAAGACGAGUCCGGGAUCAAUUCGAAGAGGAAGAGAGAGUACCUGAGGAGCAGAACAGAGCUAGUUCUGAGUCAAAGACCAAGUUCGGGUGCCCUAAAUCGGAACCAGAGAAGAGAACUAGCUCUGAUAUGCUUCUUAGGUACUCUCUCUUCCUCUCCGAAUUGAUCUCGACUCGUCUUAACUUCGAUCUACUAUCCUUUCUAGUUCAUCAUUGUCUUCUUUUAGAUCUUUUAACUCUUUUCUCUCACUCCUAUCUCUGCACGCUUUUAUUCAACAGCUUCCAAUUUCGGCGUAGGUUAUUGUUCCUAAUUUCAUUCUCUAAAGUGAAACCUAUCUGUUGUUGCCAAUGGUUGAUAGUAUGGGGCUGUUUCAUGAGCCUCAAGAAAUCGGUAUAACAUCUGAUCAAUAUGUCAAGGAGUUGGCAGAAUCUAUUAACAUAAAGGUUUCACAGGAGAUGCUUGAUAGCAUAGUUCGUGAAGUAGUUGAAGAAAUUGGAGUGCCAGCCUCAUCCCUUAGCAUCCCCACGUUCAGUGGUAUAUCUCGCAGGAAUUUGAAUCUAAGACCGACCGCAUUUUUCUUUAUCAAAUGUAGUCUUGAUUCAAAGGAAGUUCAGCAGUUUUAUUCUAGCGCACAAGAUGGCUAUGAAUCGACUCAGCUAUAUGCUGUUCCAAUGGUUGAAGUAGAAAACAUGGCUUCUAGGAUGCCUAGCUGUCAUCGAGGUGGAUUUGCUCUCUAUAAACUGAUGGUUGACAACAGAAAGAUUACUUGAUGGAAGUUUGUAGCGCUAACAGUUUUCAAGCAUGGUGUUGCAAGUUGUACUACAUGUCUUNAAAANG